GAAGCAGCAGCAGCAACAGACAGGUUGUUAUUUCCGCGACAAACUCUCAUUGGUCAGCAGUUAGUACAGUUGUUCUACAAUAUGAAGAAGUGAUCCAUUCGAUGGCGUUAUGCAGAAGUAAGAGUGGAAAGUGUUGCGAGUGUGUUUUACUCAAGUGAUAAAAAACCAGGCCAAGAAACUGGUGGUUACUAAGCGUGAAAAUGGUGAUGUUUUGGGCAUAAUCCUUAGUACCCCAAGAUAAAAGGUUUGGUGGAUGGUAGGACUGACCGACAGAGGGAUUCUUUAUGCUCUACGCUACCAGAAAAGGACUUGGACAGCUCCUCAGUAAAAGGAAGGCCUCCUUUUGUGUUACUGGAACAGGCAUCUGAGGUGAGGCAGCUAAAAGUGUUGAAUAAUUUUGGUGAAGAUGGACUCAAAGUCAAAAAGCAGCAGUGGUCCAGGGGUUGCACGGAACAUUGGAAUAGAAACAUCCAGAGGUGUAUCAAGAAUUCCAGCAAGCCUCUCAGUUCCUUCAGCAACUUCUAUUAGCAAUUCAGCAAUUAUGAAUUCCCUCGCUUCAAUUGCUUCGGAAGGCCAUUAUGAUCAUUCUCUGAAUUCACUGACUUCAUUCCAGAGUAAUGUCAACCCUGAAAUCCUUGAAAAUGAGAUGAAAAGUGUUGAUUUAGGACCUGUAAACAAGGAAUGCUUUAAGCUUAUAAAUGAACAAGAAGAACUGCAGGUAAAAGAUGCAAAUGACUUGCUGAAGAAAAUGGGUGUCCCACGGCAGUCAAAUCUUCAUGUAAAGGUGGUGUCUGUAUUCGGUAACACUGGUGAAGGAAAGUCCUACACUCUGAACCAAGUCUUCUUCCGAGGAGCAGAAAUUUUCAAAACCAGUUCAAAUCAGACAUCUUGCACCCUAGGAGUUUGGGGUGCCUAUGAUAGUUCAAGCAAAGCACUUGUCCUUGACACAGAAGGAAUGCUUGGCAUCAGUAACAUCUCCAAGCAGCGGAAACGUCUUCUUCUCAAAGUGCUGGCCAUAUCAGAUGUGAUAAUUUAUCGAACCCGAGCUGAAAGGCUUAACACAGACAUGUACAAAUUUCUAGCAGAAGCAUCACGUGCCUAUACAAAAUAUUUCCGGAGUGAUCUAGAGAAAGUAGCAAAGAAAGCAGAGUGUGAUUGUAUUUUUGGGCCACCUGUCUAUAUCUUUCAUGACACAAGACAUACAGAUGUUCUGAAAACAGAUAAAGGUCAGACUCCUGAAGAGCAGCUCAAGGAAAACUUUGUGAAGUUGAACUUCAAGAUUGAUGCAUUUAACAGCUUGCAUUAUAUUGGGGAAAACUUCAAUGGUAGUGAAACAAAUUUCAAGAGGCUGAAAGAAGCUAUUUUUGAAGAGUUGCGCAACAAUGGUGUUCGGUCACCAAGGCAGCCUAAGAUUAUUCUUGACAUGUUGGAGGCAAUAAAUAAGAAGUUUAGUGGGAAAAUCCACAGUAGUGAGCCAGCUUUUCCUGAUGAGUACUUCACUUGCACAAGCAUAUGCACAGCAUGCCAAGCUCGAUGCUGUCUUUUCAUGAAUCAUGCAUUCCAUGAUGAAGGACCGAAAGAACAUCAAGCAGAACGAUCAUGUAAAUAUCACCAUAAUUUUGAAAAUAAGAUCUAUAUUUGUAAGCGAUGUAGCAGUGAGGGUGAACAUAGAAUAGUAGUCCCAAAAACCUCUUCAUCUAAAGACAACACUUGGCUUGGACUGGCCAAAUAUGCUUGGUCAGGGUAUGUUUUAGAAUGCGAAAAGUGUGGGAUUCUGUAUCGGAGUCGUCAGUACUGGUAUGGAAAUGAAUCUCCUGAUAGAAGUGUUGUUAAAGAGGAGUAUCAGCAUGUAUGGCCUGGGAGUGUUGUGAGCAAUGCAGCUCAUGCUGGUAGACAGGUAUUGGAAGGAGUUGCUGCCUUGGGUAAUGCACUCUCAACCAUUUCUGCCCCACCAGCAAAGGUAGUUUCAUCUUGGCUAACAGAUCAAGUCAACCCUGUAUAUUGGAGGCCAAACCAUCUUUGUACGAACUGUAAGUUGUGUAAUGAGCCUUUAGAGACGAUACAUCACUGCCGCAAAUGUGGUGAAGGCUUUUGUGAUGGCUGCUCUGAUGCCACUAUGCCAGUUCCAGAGAUGGGAUGGGGAGAAGAACCAGUAAGAGUAUGUAGGACCUGCUAUCGGGAUAAACAAGUUAAUGAAGGCAGUGAUGAUGGAUGUAACUACAGUGGUGAUGAACGAACUGUUAGAGUUCGACAGGUUAGUGAAGUGAUAUCAGGAACAUUGGCAUCUGUGGCUAAAUACCCAAUAGAUUUUUUAAAGGACAGUACUAGGCCAACUUACUGGGUGCCAGAUGAACUUAUCACAAAUUGCUCCGUAUGUAACAUGGAAUUUGGACCUAGACUGACUUUGCAUCAUUGCCGGGCAUGUGGAAAGGGUGUUUGCGACAAGUGUUCUCCUUCUUCAAGACCUGUGAGGGAAAGGGGAUGGGACCAUCCUGUUAGGGUUUGCAAUAACUGUCUUAAGUAGCCUUGGGUUUCUGUUUUAAAGUAUAAUGUUUUUAACCAGAAAUAAGAUUUGGUGGCACAACAAUUUUGCACCUUGAUUUUUAUAUAUCUCAGGAAAGAAAACUUUUUGGAAAUACAGUUUCUCUUUUAAUCCUGGUGGGAUGUCCUUUCUUAAUGCUCAUUUGUUGCAUUUUAGUUGGAGACAAAACCAAUAUUAUAGUUUUGAAGGAUGCAUAUUAUUGGUAAUGUUUUUGCACAGAUUGCAUCAAAAUUUUAUAUACAUCAGUGCAUUUAUAGAGAAUUACACAAAUAUGAUAGGAAGUAAACUAAAAGAAGCAAAAUAUUACACAUGCCCAAUCCAUUCAAGGUUCAGAUAUUCUGGUAAAGAGACCAUUUAACUGUAUUACCUCUAUGGAAAUGUGUACUGUACUGUGAUGAAAUAAAUAUGUAAUGAUAGGAAUAGUUAUAACUGUACCUAGUAUAGUUUCAGCUGCAAUUCAAGAUUUGAGGAUGAAGUCCAUGUUCAGAUUGUCAAUGCUAUAGAUGUUGACAGGAUUUUUUACACAUUCAAUUGUAUAUUGUUUAAAGUUAUGAUUAUUAGUUUUUUUAAAAGUUGUUUCAUAUGGUAAAAAUAAAGAUUUUAUGAUUAUAUGGAAUACAUUAAACCCAGUUUAUUCAUA